CUAAUAUCUGUUUAUGGCCCGGUUUGUCAAGACGAUCCCAAAGAUUCCAUACAAAUCAAGAUAAAAUAUAAUCUCCGCACUAGAAAAGAUUUAGAGCAGAGAAUCUGUGGCAAUUCCUUGAAAGUGGUAUGCAACUUAUACCGCGGAUUGUUUCCCUUUGAUGACAAGCCUCACAUCCGGUGUAAACAUCAUGUGGUUGUUUCUUCCUGGAUUUCAUUAGUAAACAUCCACUAGACGACUCAUCAGAAGGACUCGAGGCGACAUCGGUGAUGGAACAUCAUCUGCCAUUAUCAUCACAUCAACAUACAAGGAAAUGGCUGAAAUAAGACUUGGCAACAAACACGGAGGGGGAGAUGAGAGUGAUUCUAAUGUCCGGAGGAUCACCGUGCCGCACGUACAACAGUGCUUCCACUGGGACUGCGGACUUGCCUGCAUAUCCAUGGUCCUCAAGUACUUUGAUAUUCCCAGCGACCAGGUGUACACCUCCGACCUUGACAGUCUGCAGUGUGGGGAGAGUGUGUGGACUAUUGACCUGGCAUAUCUGUUGAAGCGGUACGCCAUCCCCCAUCAGUAUUUCACCACCACCCUGGGGGUCGACAAGAACUACAGCAAGCAGGCCUACUACUGCCGGAACUAUGACAAGGAAUCUGUGCGGGUCAACAAGGCGUUUGACGAUGCCAGGGCUAAUGGCAUCAAUGUGGAGCAAAGGACGCUGGGCGUUGAGGACAUCGUCCGUCAUCUGAAGACAAACAAUCUGGUGAUUAGUCUGGUGAACUGGACGCAGAUGGAAUGUAUCUGGUGCGACUCCAUGCGAAAGGGUUGUUUGUGCUGCUUGGACCUUUGUGCUGCAUAUCAAGGACAUUACGUUGUGUUGUGUGGGUAUAACACAGACAAGGGUCAUAUCUACUACAGGAACCCAGACCAGGGGGGCCCAGACAUGUGCUGCAGCCGAUUCAGCCAGUACGACAAGGCCAGGAAGAGCUUCGGCACGGACGAGGACUUGUUGUUCACUUUCAAGAAAACAGAGGCAGAGCAAGAAAAGAGUGGCAUUGAAUAACUCACUGACUUCAGAUGAGAAUCAGAUCAAGUACAAUCAUUGCAAUGAUUUUGCCUUUGAUCCAUUAUUCCAUUAGCAGCAUUUAUCAUUAUCAAAGUUGUGUAUCAAAGCAUUCUGACCAAAAGUGGACAAAUUUCUUUGCUGAUGUUUAUAUGUAUCAAAACCAUGAAAACAUCAAACUUGACAGAUGUUUGGGGGAAUUUUUGCCUUUUUCAUGAUACAUUUAAUGCGAGUAACGUGUUUAGAAUUUACAGGAUGUGUGAUUGUGCAUGUUGACAGCAGGAUGAGUCAUCUCCCUUGUGUUUGGGACCAGCUUCUAACGAGUCUAUUGACAGGCACAAUCCCCACUCACUGGUGCCAUCUUAGUGUUGUGUUAAAUUGUAACUGAAUUCUUUAUUUUUUUAUGUUAUUUUUUUACUUGCAUUUUGUCAAAAAGACUGAUGAAAGUGAUUCAGUUUUAAGUGUCAACAUAAUCCAUCAGCCUGUGGCUUUAUACAGAUAAUCUUUUGUUUGUGUCUGUGGCUUUUUACUGCAUAAUGUGGUUGUAAUAUUUGUUAUACAAGUCAUCAACCCCCAACGCGAUCCAAGGUUACAGAAGUCCUGGGAUGGUUCGGGCAGUCAUCACUGCAGUCUGAAACCUGUGGCGAAGAUGGGUCACCCUAAUCCAUCUGUCCUGUCUU